AUGAUCGCCAUCGCAUUAAGCUGCGAACCCGAUCUCAUCAUCGCCGACGAACCCACAACAUCGCUCGAUGUCACCAUCCAAGCGCAGAUCCUCGACUUAAUGCAGACCCUGACCCGCGACCGCAACAUGGCCCUGCUCCUCAUCACCCACAACCUCGGCGUCGUCGCCCGCUACGUCGAACGCAUCAACAUCAUGUACGCGGGCCGCAUCAUCGAGCACGGUGCAUCAACCGACAUCUUCGAGAAGCCAUCUCACCCUUACACUGUCGGUCUCCUAAACUCGAUCCCCCGCAUCGAUCGCGACACACGUUCAAGUCUCGAACCCAUCCCGGGCCAUCCGCCGGACCUCGCGCGACUGCCCAUCGGCUGCCAUUUCGCCGAAAGAUGCCGCAACGCAUUUGACCGUUGCAUGAGCGAAUAUCCGCGGACCGUCCAAGUCGAGACACGCCACACCGCUACAUGUUGGGUUGCCGACGAAAUCUACAGCAACCACGCCGAACAACCCGCUCAUGUCUGA